CGACAAUCGACACUCGCGCACGGCGCAGCUAGCUCAUGACAAGCCAAAUUGAAGUCGCAACAGCUAUAGCAGUAUACUACUAGAUAGCAGCACAAAGGAUCAGCAGCAGCGGAGUAAAACAUUCCGGCCCGACAUCGAGCUGGCGAUAUCUGCUCCUGCCUGUCAAAGUGGCUCCUAGACAGGCUGAGCUAUUGGCUUUUUCUCGGCGCAAUCCGCACGUGAGUGAACUCCACUGCAUCUGCAACAUCGCUGUGUAUCUCCACUAGCCAGCCCAGCGACUCUGCGACUCUUCGUCGUCGAACUUAUCUCACUUCGCUACCUACUCUCCCCCAGUCGAUUUGAAUUCAUAUUGGCAAACUGCAUCGUCGAACCAAAUAGGACAUCCAUGAAGUUCACAAGGACAACAGGCUGCGUCUGAGACGCGAAAUGUCAAAUCCUGCAGAUCGCUUGAGUUACCUGCAGGACAGUAGUAGCGACACAGAGACCGAUUACAAGGAGACGGAUGGCCGUGGCAGACGGCGAACCUAUAAAAACAGAUUGAGUUGUGGUGGCUCGACCAAGCCAAAAUCUUGUUUGGCACAUCCGAGUGGCAACAGCAAACACCAUAGUCGUUCAUAUGAUACAAGCAGGCAAGGCACAAAUUUAGCACAACACAACAGAAUCCGCUCAGGCAUGGGACUGGCAAAGAACCAACAAAACCAGAAUCGCGAAAAUGUAGCAUCAGGAAUGAAUUCGUCUUCUGGCACCAGUCUACAUCAACAAAGCAGCGAUGAGAGGAUUACCCUAAUCGUCGACAACACACGGUUCGUGGUAGACCCGGCUCUGUUCACGGCUCACCCAAACACGAUGCUAGGCCGCAUGUUCAGCUCGGGUAUCGAGUUUGCCCAGCCGAACGAGCGUGGCGAAUACGAGGUGGCCGAUGGUAUUUCAUCUAUGGUCUUUCGAGCCAUUCUCGAGUAUUACAAGGGCGGUGUCAUUCGAUGUCCACCCACCGUCACGGUCCAAGAGCUACGCGAGGCCUGCGAUUACCUGCUCGUCCCCUUCGAUGCCAGCACUGUCAAAUGCCAGAAUCUGAGGGGUCUACUUCACGAACUAUCCAACGAAGGAGCUCGGUGCCAAUUUGAAGUAUUUUUGGAGGAUCUCAUACUGCCGUUGAUGGUGAAUAGCGCACGCAGGGGUGAUCGAGAAUGUCACAUUGUCGUGCUUCUGGAUGACGAUGUGGUAGACUGGGACGAGGAGUAUCCUCCACAGAUGGGCGAAGAAUAUUCUCAAACUGUCAACAGCACAGUGAUGUACCGGUUCUUUAAGUACAUCGAAAACCGCGACGUUGCUAAGCAGGUAAUGAAAGAACGCGGCUUGAAAAAGAUUCGUCUAGGCAUCGAGGGCUACCCGACCUACAAAGAGAAGGUGAAAAAGCGAGCAGGGGGCCGUGCAGAGGUAAUCUACAACUACGUGCAGAGGCCAUUUAUUCACAUGUCCUGGGAGAAGGAAGAGGCCAAGAGCAGACACGUCGACUUCCAAUGCGUCAAGUCCAAAUCAGUAACGAACCUCGCCGAGGCGACUGCUGACCCCGUCCUCGACUGUGCCGGCAACCCCAUGAAUGCCACGGCAUUGCUGCAGUCGGCCGAGCCGAUACCCCAGCCAGAGGUACUGUUGCCUGUUGGUGCUGAUCCAGACGCGGAGGGCGCCGCGGCACUGGGUUUGGUACCGCCGGAACAAGAACUCGCGGGUUCGGACGAGCCGCAGCAGCAGCAGCCCUGAGUAGUGCUCGAGCUGUUGACGCAGCAAUCGAAGCAGCGAGCAGCGGCGGCGCAGCAGCAACAUCAUCUAACCGGCGCGAGCCAGCGCCGAGCCGCCUUCAACGGCGGCGCCCUAGCCAAAAAGAAGGUCUCCUGGAAGAAGAAAGCCGGCGGCCUGCGCUAGCCCCUACCACCACCUUCGCCGCGUCCACGACUGACAAUUAUUUCACGACUGAAAAUUUUAACCCCUUCUUCCCUACUUUACGUCUCUGUUUCUCCAUUUAUCUUGUCAAUAUACUGAGAGGAGACGCGUUUGAUCUUUGGUGAUUUGACUUUUCCAGAGUAUAUUUUAUUUUGUCAAUUUUUGAAAAAAAAUCAAAUCGUGCCGGUACUCCGGUUAUAUCUUUGAAGGAGAGAUUUUUGUUCUUUUCGAUGCUUUCUUUUCUACUCAAAGGAAGAGAAGAGUUCGCGGAAUGUUUAAAUUUUAUUUAACGGGCAAACGGAUGCACGUAACUUGUUCAGGAGUAACGCCAAAACCGUGCUAAUUAGCAGCUGCUUGACUAUAAUCAUAGUUGUGCUGUACUUUCGUAGCCUAUUUUCAUAAGUAUAAACAAAGUCGUUACUCCUGGACGGAAGCUGGAUUCGCAACAGUAUUCUUAUUCUGUUUGUUUCCGUUGUCUUUUCAUUUCUUGAAACGAACUGACCCUUUAUAGACUUAUUUAAAUAAACGAUAUGAUACUAUAAGUAUAAGAAAAGUUGCGUUUACAGUUCAUUGCGAUUGUUGUGCAAAGAAUUUGUUCCUACUGUCUACAAAAAUGCAAAAAAGUCAAUUGAUAUAUGUUUAUGAAUCCCAAAGUCUUAUUUAUACUAGGAAGAAAUUUUUAUUUCCUGCAAACGUUGUUAUUGCUCUUGAAAUACUAUGCUCUCUAUGUAAUAACUGUCUACGAAAAUCGUAUUCGUGAGGAUUUCAAAUUCGAAAACUUCUUACUGUAUUGGAUAAUAGCAAAGAUAGAAAGUCUUUAUAAAAGAUUUCAUGAAUUGAAAUUGUGAAUUUAUGUCUGUAAAACAGAACUCUCAUGAGUGGUGCUAAAUCGAUGAUAAACGAUGUAUAUGUUUAAUGUAAAUGGACGAAUACGCUAAAAAAUCAUAAAAAAUCUGCGUAAAGAUAAAACUACGAAGGUCACUCGGUGAAGUAAUAUUUAAAUAUUGCUCGAAUAAAUGCUGAAUCGAAGGUGCCGAAUGGGUUUCCUCACGCGUCGAGGGCUUGUAUGUAAAUUUACGUUAAAUUUCCUCUGUACCAAGUAGCUUAAUCGGACGACGCCGAAAAAUCUACUUAUUCCAUAUCAUUUGUACUACUCUCGCGUAUUCGUAUAAAUGUUUCUAGAAGUAUUUUCGUCAAUUUUUUAAUAAUAAAAUGCAAAAAUACUCUGUAAAUUUUACGACAUAGAUUAUCAACGAAAUCACGGAUUUCAAAAUAAAUCUUUAAUAAUUAUUUCUUUGAUAUUGUUCUUUUAUAUAAGCAACACUACUAUGACAACUCUUAGCUAAAAUUUGAUUUUUCAACUUCCUGCUGCCAAAUAAACUAACGCCCUGUGUGCUCGUUGCGUUAGUCUUUCUUUGCUUGCAUUUAAGACGCAUGAAGAAUAAUCUAACUGUAUAUUAGAAAAACUACUAAUACUAUUUUAUAACACAUAAACUAUCUUCGAUAACUAGAUGAAAGGUCAAUGUGUAUAAAUGUAUAAACGAAUUUAUAUGAUUAACCGAAGCAUGAAAGUCAAAAAAGACUAAGAGUAAAGGAAAACUGAAUGUCAGAGCUUGCGUUCUUUCAGUUUUUCGGACUGAAACGUUGAGUUAUUCAAUGACUAUUACGAAAUAUUAUUACAAACAGAUAAGUUCAAUUCCACGCAAAACGAGCAUCAAAAACUAAAAACAGAAACAGCCGACGAAAAUUUUAAUCGGCUUUAUAAGAAAGCCGCCACUCAAAGGUUCUAAGAAGGAGCGAGCUAGCGAAGGAUCUUCUUGAUCACGUUAAUGUUUGUACACAUUAUUGUACUUUCCGAGGCGCGUUUCCUCGUUUCGUCACGAAAUAAUUGCAGCGUGCAGAAGUAGGACUCUUUCGUUCGAAAAAAGCAGAAAAAGAAAAUCAACGAGAGAAUGAGAAAAUCACAGUGAGAGCGGAUAUUGUAAAUACGAAGAAGUAUACAUACAUAUAUUUUUAAUCGAACGCAUCAAUUAAAAGAGCGACAUUUAUAAAGCUCGCGCAUUGGAUGUUUCAAUUUCGUAUUGUAAAAAAACUUUACAAUUUAUUAAUAAAGUUUUUAAA